CAGUUUAACACGAAGUCAAAUCAGUACAAACAUACGGACACAUAUUAGCGUCUCUCUUCUUCAAACGGAGAGAGAGAGAGAGACCCCAAAUACACAAACCAGCGUCAGCAAGAAGAAGAAGAAGAAGAAGAAGAAGAACAGAAAAGGAUAUGAAGCUAUGAACUUUAAUUCUUGUGGUGGCUUCUGUAGUGAACCUGCAGAAUAGUUAAACAUGAUCAGAUGCUUCUAGUUCAACAAUGAAGCGUUACGUUUACAUCAAUGACGAUGAAUCAGAACGUGAUCUUUACUGUGACAACCGCAUAUCAAACAGAAAAUAUACUUUAUUGAACUUUAUCCCAAAAAACUUAUGGGAACAGUUCAGCCGGUUCAUGAACCAAUACUUUUUACUGAUUGCUUGCCUUCAGCUAUGGCCGCUUAUUACUCCAGUGAAUCCUGCCAGUACAUGGGGUCCCCUUAUUUUUAUUUUUGCAGUCUCUGCAACAAAAGAGGCGUGGGAUGAUUAUAAUAGAUAUCUAUCAGACAAGAAGGCAAAUGAGAAGGAAGUCUGGGUUGUUAUGCAUGGCAUAAGAAAACUUGUCCAAGCGCAGGAUAUUCAUGUAGGUAACAUUAUAUGGCUCCGGGAGAAUGAUGAAGUGCCAUGUGAUCUUGCUUUGAUUGGUACCUCAGAUCCACAGGGUGUUUGCUAUAUAGAGACUGCUGCCUUAGAUGGUGAAACUGAUUUGAAGACAAGGGUUAUACCCUCUGCUUGCAUGGGAAUAGAUUCUGAACUAUUGCAUAAGAUCAAGGGUGUUAUCGAGUGUCCUAGUCCAGAUAAGGACAUUAGGAGAUUUGAUGCAAAUCUGCGGUUGUUCCCCCCAUUUCUUGAUAAUGAUGUGUGCCCUUUAACAAUAAAAAACACAAUUCUCCAGUCAUGUUACUUGCGGAAUACAGAGUGGGCUUGUGGAGUAGCUGUCUACACUGGCAAUGAAACCAAGCUGGGCAUGUGUAGGGGGAUACCUGAACCAAAGCUUACGGCUAUAGAUGCCAUGAUUGACAAGUUGACUGGAGCUAUAUUUGUUUUUCAAAUAGUGGUUGUUAUUGUUCUUGGCAUAGCUGGUAACGUCUGGAAGGACACAGAAGCAAGGAAGCAAUGGUAUGUUAAAUAUCCAGAGGAAGGUCCAUGGUUUGAACUAUUGAUUAUCCCUCUUCGCUUUGAGCUUCUUUGUUCCAUCAUGAUUCCCAUAUCAAUUAAGGUAUCCCUGGAUCUUGUGAAGAGCUUAUACGCAAAAUUUAUUGAUUGGGACAACGAGAUGAUUGACCAAGAAACUGGUACUCCAUCCCAUGCAACAAAUACAGCAAUAAGUGAGGACCUGGGACAAGUUGAGUACAUUUUAACUGACAAAACUGGUACCUUAACUGAAAACAAAAUGAUCUUUAGAAGAUGUUGUAUCAAUGGCGUUUUCUAUGGAAAUGAUAGUGGAGAUGCUUUAAAAGAUGUGGAGCUUCACAAUGCAGUUUCCAGUGGUUCUCCUGAUGUUAUACAUUUUCUUACAGUUAUGGCAAUAUGUAAUACAGUUAUACCAAUUAAGACCAAAACUGGAGAUAUCUUUUACAAGGCACAGUCUCAGGAUGAAGAUGCUCUUGUUCGUGCUGCUGCUCGGCUGCAUAUGGUUUUUGUCAAUAAGAAUGCAAAUAUUCUUGAGAUCAAGUUCAAUGCUUCAACAAUUCAAUAUGAAGUCUUGGAAACUCUUGAGUUCACUUCUGAUAGGAAAAGAAUGUCAGUAGUUGUAAAAGAUUGCCAGAAUGAAGAGAUCCUCCUUUUGACAAAGGGAGCAGAUGAAGCUAUUCUGCCUUUUGCAUGUCCUGGACAGCAAACAAGGGCUUAUUUUGAAGCUGUGGAACAGUAUUCUCAAUUGGGGCUGCGUACACUAUGUUUAGCUUGGCGCCAAUUAAAGGGAGAUGAAUACAAAGAAUGGUCUUUGUUGUUUAAAGAGGCUAACAGCACCUUAGUUGAUAGGGAGUGGAGAAUUGCUGAAGUCUGCCAAAGGUUGGAACAUGAUUUGGAAAUUCUUGGAGUUACUGCAAUAGAAGACCGUCUACAGGAUGGUGUACCAGAAACAAUAGAAACACUAAGAAAAGCGGGGAUAAACUUUUGGAUGCUGACUGGAGACAAGCAGAACACUGCCAUACAGAUUGCUCUCUCAUGCAAUUUUAUUUCCCCUGGUAAGCCAAAAGGGCAGCUUCUAUUAAUUGAUGGCAAAACUGAAGAUGAAGUUCGUCAAAGUUUAGAGAGAGUUUUACUCACAAUGAGGAUAACAACGUCAGAACCUAAGGAUGUGGCAUUUGCUGUUGAUGGUUGGGCUCUUGAAAUUGCACUUAAGUAUUAUCGGAAAGCCUUUACUGAAUUAGCAAUAUUGUCAAGGACUGCUAUAUGUUGUCGUGUGACACCAUCACAAAAGGCGCAGCUUGUAGAGCUCUUAAAAUCAUGCGACUAUAGGACAUUAGCUAUUGGGGAUGGUGGGAAUGACGUGAGGAUGAUACAACAAGCUGAUAUUGGUGUUGGCAUCAGUGGGAGAGAAGGACUGCAGGCAGCGAGGGCAGCUGAUUAUAGUAUUGGGAAGUUCAGGUUUUUGAAGCGGUUGAUACUAGUCCAUGGGCGGUACUCAUACAACCGUACUGCGUUUCUGUCCCAGUAUUCCUUUUAUAAAUCCCUUCUGAUUUGUUUCAUCCAAAUCUUUUUCUCUUUUAUUUCAGGUGUCUCUGGAACUAGUCUUUUCAAUUCUCUCAGCUUGAUGGCUUACAAUGUUUUCUACACUAGUAUUCCUGUUCUAGUCAGUGCCCUUGACAAAGAUCUUAGUGAAGAAACAGUUAUGCAGCAUCCACAAAUUUUAUUUUACUGCCAAGCGGGGAGGCUUCUAAAUCCUAGCACAUUUGCUGGAUGGUUUGGGCGAUCUCUCUUCCAUGCAAUUGUUGUGUUUGUAAUCAGCAUACAUGCGUAUGCCUAUGAAAAAAGUGAAAUGGAGGAGGUUUCAAUGGUGGCACUCUCUGGAUGUAUUUGGUUGCAGGCUUUUGUUGUGACACUGGAAACCAACUCCUUAACAAUACUGCAAUGUAUUGCUAUAUGGGGGAAUUUGGCUUCCUUCUAUUUCAUCAAUUGGAUCUUCAGUGCCCUUCCAUCAUCAGGGAUGUAUACAAUUAUGUUUCGGUUGUGUAGACAACCAUCUUAUUGGACAACUGUGUUCCUCAUAGUUGCUGCUGGGAUGGGUCCAAUUCUAGCUCUCAAGUACUUCCGAUAUACGUACAGACCAAGUAAAAUCAAUAUACUUCAGCAGGCUGAACGAUUGGGUGGACCUAUUUUGUCUCUCGGGAGCAUUGAACCACAGCCAAGACCCAUCUUAGAGAAAGAGGUUUCCCCUUUGUCUAUAACUCAGCCCAAGAACAGGAAUCCAGUUUAUGAACCUUUACUAUCAGAUUCACCAAAUACUCGAAGGUCUUUUGGAUCGGGAGCCCCAUUUGAUUUCUUUCAGACACAGUCCAGAUUGUCUUCAAGCUACUCCAGAAAUAAAGACAACUAAAUUACACAAUUAAUCCAGCAGAUUGAAUUUAACAUUUUCUAGUUGCCACAGUUGUAGCAUCUUCCUAUUUUUUUGGUUAUAAGCCAACAAUGUAUGCAGCACAUAUAGGUUGCUAGAUAUCGGAUUGGUAUAACUAACAACAAUGAAUGGUAUAUAUAAUAUUUAUUUUUGGUCUGGUAAGAAUGAAUAAUUCAAAUCACAGCAUUUUUUUUAGAAUCUAA